AGAGGGGAGGAGAAGUGGGGUUUGAGAGGAUCCCAGAGCCCCGAGAUCAUUCUUCCCCUUUCAAAGCCAAAGGGCUUUUUCCUGCCACUUCCCAACCCCAGAAACCAGGCGUCCUGCGAGGACCCCGAGUAUCGGGGUGGGACACUUGCCCAGGAGAGCAUGCAGCUCUGACCAGGCUACCUUGGCCCAGUUACUUAACUGCCCCAGACCUCAGUUUCCUCCUUCACCGAAAGGCCAAGAGGGUCGGAGGAAACCCCUCAAAUACCUUUCCCAAGCUCCUUUUGUUUCCUUUCCCAGAAGAUGAGGGUUUUACACUCUAGGUCUGGCCCCAAAACUGCUGUCUGAAUGAGGACAGAGCACUACCUCCUAGGGUGGUUGUGAGAAUCAGGAGUUAAUGUUUGUAAAGGGCUUUUAGUGACCCUGGUCAAGUCACUUAACCCCAUUGCCUCGCCCUUACUGAGCUUCUGUCUUGGAACCAAUACAUAAUAUCGGUUCUAAGAUGGAAAAUAAUGGUUUUUAUAAAAAAAUUUUUUUUUUAAUUUGACCUCAGCCACUUCCUAGCUUUGUGUGACCCUGGCAGCUGUUUUCUCAGUAUGGAUGAGGCAACCCGGAGGAAACCUCGCCUGGCAGCCUCUCUGCAGAUGUCUCCCGGUCCCCCCCUGGGCCCCAUUCCCUGGAGACCCUUGGAAGGUUCUGGUCCGGUUUCCUCAGAUAUCCAGCUUUCCCAAGCAGAACCCCUUAAGGGAGAAGAGAAGAAGAAGAAACUUGGAAAUGAGGCAUCUGGGGAUGGGCCACUCUCAGAUCCUCCUACUGUGGUGAGGGAGCUGAUCCUAGGACACAAAGACCCCCCUCCAGGCCAGGCCCUGAGCCUCCUCACUCGCUAUGCAAUGGGCACCGGCCUUACCCUGCGCUUUGUAGAGAGUGAGGUCCAAGUCCCCUUCCGACACUUCUCUGUCUGCGCUAUGCUGGAUGAGAUGUCUUGUCCUGAGGGCACGGGUAGCAGCAAGAAGGAGGCAAAGGGGCAGGCAGCCAUCCUUGCUCUUAACUGGGUCAGGACUCAGCUGGAGAACCCAGCCCCCUUCAAAACUCCCAGCAACUUUCCACUCUGUUCUUUAACUGCAGAGAACAUUCUGACCCAUGAGCAGCGUUGUGCAGCUGUGGUGAGCUCUGGAUUUGACCGCCUGAUAGGGGAAAACUCCCCUUACCGAGGCUGCAAACGGAAUAUAGCAGCUGUCAUCCUUGAAAGGGAGGUGCCAGAUGAUAAGGGCGGCUGCAGGGAGACCUAUGAGCUGGUUGCUCUAGGGACUGGUUCAGGUGGCUACAGGGGCUGGAUUGAGUUUAUGGGCCGAAGACUCCAUGACACGCACAGCUUGGUCAUUGCCCGUCGUGCCUUGGUCAGGUUCCUGUUCCGACAGCUCCUGCUGGUGACUAGUGGGGGCCCAGAGGGAGCAGAACGAUCAGUGCUGACUGCUCGACCUGGCCCUGGUCCUCCUCUUGCCCUGAAACCCAAAAUCUUCUUACACUUCUAUCUCAGUGACACUCCUGCGGGUGCUGCCCAUGACAUUUACCUCCCUUCUUCAGGGGGCUCACUCCAUAGUCCCUCCCUUCGUCUUCAAGUCCAUGCCCGGGGAGAGCUUCGUCCCGUCUGUUACCUGGACCCAGGAUUCCGGGCAGCCCGGGUCUGUUCACUGUCGGCCAGUGACAAAGUGGCUCGAUGGGCAGUGUUGGGACUGGGAGGGGGCCUGCUGGCCCACUUCCUGCCCCCACUCUAUGCAACCAGCCUUGUCCUUGCUGACUCCUGCCAUGAUCCCUCCACACUGAGCCGAGUCAUCCAUGACCGGCCCUGCCUUGAGGGAGGACCAGGCCUGCCACCUCCCUAUGCCCGUAAUCCCUUGCACCUAUUUCUGGGACCACCUGUGGCUCCCCAGGAUCCUACACCUUCCAACUGUCAGGGCCUCAGCCUCAAUUGGAGUCUAGGAGACACCAGCUUGGAGGUUGUGGACACAAACACAGGACGUGUGUGGUCAGAAGGUUCUUUGGGUCCUCCCUCCCGCCUCUGCAAGGCUGCUCUCCUUCGUGCUUUCCGUCAAGCAGCCAAAGCCCUGGGAAGACUUGAUCUCUUGGCACUGGACACAUAUGAGGUGGCCAAGGCAGGGACAUACCGUGCUGCUCGACAGGAGCUGACUGCUUACUUGGAACAGCAGGACUUGGGCUCUUGGCCCUCCAAGCCUCUGGUGGGUGGGUUCUGUCACUGAACCCAGAUAGCCAAGCCCUGUGUCCUCCAUCCAACGAGGAAACCUUGGAUGUGUUUGUGGUGGGGUUAAGAGGGGAUCACGAGUUAUGUGUGGCAGGGAUUGGGAAGUGCCUGAGCACUAAAGGACUGCUUGUUUCACUGGGCUGGACAAGAUUUAGGAGAGAGGGUCUAAAGUACAAACAUUUGAGACCCCUGGUUGGAAACUAUGUGCUUUAUGAUUUGUCCUGCAUAAAUUUUUGGUUCUUUGGGUAGUCCUCGUUGGACAUGAUAAUAUACUAAUAAAACGUAACAAAUUGUAA